CGGCGGCUCCUCUCUAUGGUGCGGCGGGGCGCGGGGCGGGGGGCGCCGGUCCGCCCCGCUCGGUGAGGGCACCGGACCCGCCUUCCUCCGCCGCGGGCUCGGCCCUUGCCCUGCCGUGCCCGAGGGGCGGCCGGAGCGGCGGCGAUGAGCGGCGCGGAGCGGCCGGAGGAGGCGGCGGCGGCCGCGGGCGGCCCCGGGCUCUCGCUGGGCCCUGGUGUUACAUCUCCAGAUGAAGGAGUAGUAGAAGAUCUGCCUUUAAUAGAUGAGAAAGCUGUGGAGCAGCUGACUGAAGGAUUGAUUUCCCAUUAUCUGCCUGAUCUUCAGCGAUCAAAAUCAGCACUGCAGGAACUUACACAGAACCAGGUGGUAUUACUAGAAACAUUAGAACAAGAAAUUUCUAAAUUCAAAGAGUGUAACUCCAUUCUUGAAAUCAAUGCUUUGUUUUCAGAAGCUAAACACUAUCACAACAAAUUAGUGAAUAUUAGAAAUGAAAUGAUGAUGAUCCAUGAGAAGACGUCAAAGUUAAAAAAAAGAGCACUUAAGCUGCAACAAAAGAGGCAGAAGGAAGAACUAGAACGAGAACAGCAACGUGAGAAGGAACUUGAAAGAGAGAAACAGUUAACGGCAAAACCUGCAAAGAGGACAUGAAAGCAGAGCAUGCAACAACUUGUCUGAAUUAAUGAUUUCUGCAUUCUCUGGAAUUAAGGCAGACUUUGCUUAAACUGGGCUAUAGCUGUUACUGGCAACCUAUGGUAAUACCCUGUGGUAUUAUAAAUUCCAGAAUGGUAAUAAUAGUGUUGGUAACGUUCACAUUUUUUCAUUACAGCCAUUCAAGUUGCCUUCUUUUGUAAUGCUAUGCAGUUUGAUAUUAUUAUAAUGUAAGUUAAUUUUUUAUAUAUAUGUAUAUUGGAGAACUUAGGCAUCAUAAUUUUAAAUAUCAGUUUUUUUUUUCAUUUGUCCUUCUGGUGUUUGGAAUUCUGAGAGAUACUUGAUGACUGGUACGCGUGUUUUUCAGACAAAAUACAGAAUACCAGUUGAAGUUCCCUUCUCAUCACUGAUCUUCAGUGGCUGCCUGUUUCACUGAAACUGCUUUGUUUCAGGCAGUUGGGGUCUGCCUUUGAUCACAAAUACUGACUUUUUGUGCAGCCUUAGUUUGGUCCAUCUCUACGAUCUGAAGAAACUUCCAGUGUAUUUGCCUAAAAACUCACUUUAUUGCUGCAAUCUUAUUUUUUUGGCAUCAAGUAGCUUAAAAACAGUUUUAAAAUAACUUCUGAAUAAGUUCCCAGCUGAAUUGAUUGGCGAGGGGAAGCAGAACACAAAAGAUUGUCAAAAUUGAUGUGUGCACAAUGCAGAGAUUGAUGAAUUUGUGCUUCCACAAACAUUUGAGUCAAACCAGGGAGCUGUUGCUUCUGUAAUGUCAUCUAAGCAUAUUUUUUUGUGGGAUUAGAAGUUACAGUUUCUUCAUCUUGUGUGACAAAAUAAAACAUAUCCAAAACUAAACAAUUUCCACUUCAGUUACCUGUAGGAAAACUAUUGCAUUUAAUGUUUUUUCCUUAACAAAUGAAUCAUUUGCACUUUGGGGCAAUGUAAGAGAAUUUUUGUUAUGCUGUCCUUACCCAAAUUGAUGAUUAUUACUGUGUACUGAUGAUAAAUUUGAAUGGAGGUUGAUAUCCAUUUCUCUGAAUGUAAUUCUUGUCUUGCAGCACUUGGUGUGAACUCCCAUUCCAAUGAAUGUACAUGUUGUCUAGACUGGUAAAAGAGCUUUAAACUAUUUGUUCCUACAGUCUAACAAACUAGCUAUUUUAUAUCUGUGUUAUUUUUUAAGUGGUAAUGUAAGUGGUGUGUUUUGAAGUAAGAUAAAGGAUAAGCUAUGUAAAGUUUUCCAUAAAAUAUGUAUGGGAAGGUAUCAGAGAGGCACAGGCAAUUUUAUUUUUUGUUCUGUUUUAGAUUACUUUUACACACAGUACACCUGCCUGGAUUCUUCUGUAUUGUGAUUUUCUCCUAAUUUCCUGUUCUUAAUAUUUGUCAUCUUUUUCUAACAAGUACCCAUCCAACAUGCAAGGUAAACUGGGAUAAAAUUUAGGGGCAAGGAGAACAAACUACCUAAAGCCUACUUAAAGUCUGAAGAGACACUGAAAUGCUGUUACUGAAGCAGUAAUAGAUUAAAACUUUCCACAGGUAUUUUUCCCUUAAGUUGACUUGUGUCUGUUACUUGCCAGUGGAUUGUUGACCUGUGCUGUGGUUUGUAUGUAUUUCUAAGAGAAAUGUAAAGAAUUUCCACAGUCCAUUUUGUGGAGCAGAAUGUACAUAAGUAAAUGUUGUUUAAAUAUUUUAUUUUGUAAUGUAAUUUGAAAAUCAGAUUCUGGGAAUUUAAACAAUUCUCAUUAAAGUAUAACAUAAAACUAGAUGCCUCAGUAUCCAAAUCAGGAUCGAACUCCUUUGGUGUUUCUUGAUUUGUGUUCCCUCAUCUAGAAUCCAGUUUACUGUGUCAAGUUGUAGUCUCUCUCUCUCUGUGAAGAACUGUGGGUGGUUUUUUGUUUUGUUUUAAAACUCAUGGCUACUUUUACUGAAACUAGAGAAUUCUAAGCAUAGAAAUUGAUGCCUUUGCAAGUGCACACUUCAGCAUUUCUUUGGAAUAAUUUGUGAUCAGAGGAAGAAAAGCUGACAGUGCUUGCCUGAGGAAUCACAUACAUAUACAUAAAAAUGUAAUUGAUUAACUUUUUCUAUAAAAGUAUAGUAAAAUCUGUUUUUUCUAUGAAUAAGGAACUAAUUUUACUAAAUUACCUUUCUGUAAUAAAGGGGAAGACAUGAAUAAAAAUAUAUAGAGGGAAGUUUCUUCAGUUUAUGUAACUUUUAUUAAUGAGCUCUUAAAUUACUUCAGUCAAAAUUACAAUUUGUUAUCUCUGUAGAAUGUUGUUCUCCCAAAUACUCUUAUGUCUUAAUGCAUAAAAGUAAAUACUGCACUGGAUGAGUUUGACAAUACUGGCAUCUAAACUUGUGUUCUUGCAGUAACGUGCACAGCUACAACAAGUAAUUCUAUUGCUGUAUACAUUUAGUCUGGCUUGAUUUUAUAAAAAAUUACUUGUCAAGUAGAUAAAUCCAGUAGUAUUAGACAUUAGUUACUGAAUUUUUAUCCUAUCCACGUGAGAAGGUGUAGUUAGCUGCAUUUUUUUAGAAACAGAUAAAGUGACAGCAUUAAAACAAGUUUGGGGUUUUUUUGUGCUAUUUCAUGCUCAGUGUACUCACUUGUUUUUAAACAAUCAAGUCAUAGCAGCAGAAGUAGGAACUUAACUGUGCAGUAACUAUUUGAAUUUUUAUUUUGUAAGGUUCUACAAGUUUAGGAGUUACCAUGGCUCACUGGGGAAUCUUGGUUUCCCAUGCUUUUAUCUUUGCUGUUGUUAACCCGGAUGCUUCAUUUGGGUUUCCCUACCUAUAACCGAACAGCUUUCCAUGAGACAGUUUUUAAUCCAGUGAAAUCUGGCUUUGUCACUAAUAGGGAUAUUCAUAAGAUGAAUACUUGUUUCCUUUUGGAAAAUGGCUACAGAAUAUUUUAGCUGGUUUUCCUCUGUGUGCUGUGACCUAAAUGAUAAUAGCGUAAAUAAUAACAUAAAGGCUGUUUCUGUAGCUGUUCUGUUGGAAUUCCAGCAGCUGAGAGAAUUCUCUGGCUGAUUUAUUCUGAAUUAUGCUUCAGUAGACACUUUCUGCCACAAUUGCUUGCUUUGCAAUACUGCUGGCUGUUCUUUAUUUUAAUUCUGAGCUUGGUGCUUUAAUGUCUCACCUUGCGGGGGUCAGGUUUUUUUAAACCUCAUUAAAUCUGAUUGCUUGUU